AUGGAAGUCCAAUUAACUACAAUUAAAAAAAAAAUCAGUGAAAAAGAAGCCGAAAUUAAAAUGUUGUGGGAGAAAAUUAGAGCCGAAAAAGAAAAACCUAAAGAGGAAAUUAUUGAAGAAUUAAAAGGGAUUAAACGUACCACUGAAAUAUUUCUCAAAGUAGAUAUUUUGGGUCAUGACGAACCGACCAUAUUACAAAAAUUGUUUCAGUUAACUGGUCAACAGCCCAGCCAGAUUUCUUUUCAAGAUAAAAAUAUAAUGUCGAUUUUUACUAAUGCUGAUACUUUGGGAAUACCGGAGUUUGGCACGGAUUUUGUCAAAAGGAAUUUACUAACCCCUUUAAAGCCGACUAAAUUUUCCCAAUUGCUCCAAAUCUCUGUUUCGUGGGGCGUGGAUAAUAAACAAGCCUUUAUUGCCACUGAGUAUAUUCGCAAAGGCAAGUGGGAUGAACUAUCAGAAGAUAUCAAAACCGAAAUCAAAAAUAAGUUAAGCGAUAAAGAAGGGGAAUUAUAUUUUUCAAUACUUAGCAAAAUAAAAUACAUUUUUCCCAAGCCCCACGCCAUUGCUUAUACCAUGACCGCCUGA